AUGGCUCCCAUGUCCCCCGGGACUGGAAGAACUACAAUCCCUGGGCCCUACCCAGACACGCUGAACCUGAAACUGGAUGCAGACAAGGUGGUCUGUGCCCAAACGGGCCCCCUGGAAUGUGAGAGGCACUGCUGUGGCUCCGAGAGAGGGCUGGCCGCGACCUGGUGCGCGGAGGGCCGGCAGCCGCUGCGGCGACCAUCGGCUCGGCUGGAGGCGCUGGGCCCGCGCUGCCUGGAGCCCUGCGCCACGCGAAUCCGCGCGCGCGGCCACCGCUACACCCGCAGCGAGGCCCGGCGCUCCCUUCGUUGCGAGAAGUUUCCUCUCCCUCACGGGGACGGCGCCCUGCUGCUCCUCGUCCUCCUGCGCCGGCGACACGAGCUGUCGUCUCCAAGACUCGUUACACGGCGGGCUAGACGUUCCGGUCCCACCAGACAGUUCCUGGCGCUGCUGCCCUACCAGGCGUCCAAACAGGAGGCUGCUGCCCAGCUCCAGGCAGAGGACUGGCGGAAGGGCAGACUUCCCCGCGGCCGGGCCAACCCCGCGCCGGGGGCCCUGUUCGCACCAAGAGGGGCCAGAGGUUACGGGGGCGGGGAGAGGCUGAGGCCAGGAGCGCCCGGCAGAGGACACUGGCAGCAAAGCGGCGGCGCCUUCACGGAGGGCCCCAAACGCCCCCGGCGGAGCGCAGGGGCGUCCCGCUUAGGCUGGGCGCUGCUUUUCCCUGGAGAGGCAGACACGCGGCCUACGACUGCGGGGUCGCUGUCGGGCCGAGCCGCGCGAAUACCGAACCCGAAGAGCAGAACUUCUUCCCAAAACUGCCGGGAGUUUCGCGCCCAGCGGGCUCACGCUGGGGGUUGGCCCUGGGUGCUGCGAGGCCCGGCCGGUCAGGCCCGGGCGGAGCGGGCCGAACUGCCCGGUGGUCGUGCGGGGAUCCCAGGGGGAGCAGGACGCGCGCCCCUUCCGCCGGCGGGCUGGCGGCCGGCGGAGAAGCGGGCGGCGAGGACAGGAGUUGCCGAUUCCGCUCCGCGCGGCGCUCGCCGCUUCGCUGCAGCCGGGCCUCGGCCGGGGCUGCGGGAGCCGCACUCUCCCGGCCGCGCCGCCGUCCCCACCUGCACGCCACUCGGGCCCGCGGGCCUCGCGGCCGAUGGCGCCGGCGCCGGGGCGCGGAGAGCGCACGGGUGGCCCCGAGGCGCAGCGGCGGGCGGUGGCGCGGGCAGCGGGAGCACCCGGCCGGCGGCGAGGACCCGGAGGCGGAGGGCUGGGCGCGCGCAGCCCGGGGCUCGGCCCGAGACGGAGCGAAAGAGAAAAACUGGAAAAGCCGCCCUCGCAUCCUUGCUGCUCGGCCUAGGUCUCUCCCUCGGUCAAGCCCGCAGAACCAGACCUAAACGGUGAACACCGUUUCAACCCCACAGGCUGCCUGUAAAGCGUUCGCCCUGGAGCUGCAGGAUCCGAGGCUGAAGGACGGAACGCUUCCCCAAGAGCUCCUACAGACCCAGCAGAAAUGGAAGGUCCUCUGGGUCCCUGAGACCCUACGAUGAGUCCAGCUGUGGGCUAUUCACACAAAGUGAAGGAGGAACAGGAAAAUCGGCACCGAUGCGGGGAUGAGACGUGGCCUGGCCACACCACGGAAGGGUCCUGGCCAUAAACCGGGAUGGAACGCUGACACGGGCCACAACACGCGUGAACCUCAAAGACUGUCUUCUCAGUGAAAGAAGCCAGUCACAAAAGGCCACGCAUUGCAUGAUUUGAUUCACGUGAAAUGUCCAGGAUGGGCAAAUCCAUGGAGACAGAUAGUAGAUGAGUGAUUGCCGGAGGCUGGGGGAGCGGGAUGUGGGAGGUACUGCUCCAUGGGUGCCCGCUCUCCUGGGAAGAUGAAAAGGCUCUGGAAUGAGAUGGUGGGGACGGUUGCACGACACCGUGAAUGUGUUAAACGCCGCUGAAUUGUACGUUUAAAAAUGGUCAGUGUUUGGGUAUGUGAAUUACAUCUCAAUAAAUCUACCAUUUAAAAAGCCA